UGUGACAAUUUGAGCACUUGGAGAAGCCAACAACCAUGCAUUAUUUUUAUUUUAUUUUAUGCCAGAAAAAGCCAUCACGAAGAGAUCAAGUUCUCUUUCUCCUCCUCCCCCUCUUGUUCCAUUGUUUUUGUUUGUUCAAAUUUCUUUCUUCAUUUCUGUUGCAUGCAUAUAUGGCUCUGCAACCAUUGUCUUCCUCCUCUACCAGACCUAGUGGAUUCAAAUACGACGUGCUCCUCAUCUGUGGGGUUGGGGGGACUGAAGAUGAAGAAGAUGUCCGUGAAUUGACUGACCUUCUCUACGGAUACCUUGGUCCCGCGGAACUCCGCACAUUCAGAUUCACAUUCACUGAUCACGAAGCAAUACUUGAGGAGCUCAUUCAAAUUUCUAGGAUGGCUAUCGUUGUCAUCUCUAACAACUUUGCAUCAUCUUCGUAUUGCUUAGAUAACCUUUCCAAUAUCCUUGACUACUUCGACGCCAACGGUAGACUCAGACAGCUUCUUCCGGUUUUUCAUCACGUGGAUCCCGAUGAUGUAGCCAAGGGUGUGCAUCUCAAGAGUUUCAAGGAUGACCACGUCGAUAGGUUGCAGCUGCAGAAAUGGACCCUGGCUUUGCAGCAACUUGCUAACUUGCCUGAUCACUUUCAUUUCGGACUCGAGGAUGAAUAUUAUGGUGGCGAGAUAUUUGAAAAGGCUCUGGCCAAGGUUAUAAGCGACGAUUUCAAACCUUUACGAGUUCAGGACAACCUUGUUGGAAUGGUGUCCCGAGUUGCAAAAGUAAUCAAGCUUUUAGACCUUCAAUCUGGUGGCGGAGUCCAUAUGGUAGGUAUCACUGGAAUUGUGGGAAUAGGAAAAACAACACUUGCUCGGGAAGUUCUAAAUUUGAUAGCUGACCAAUUUGAAGUUGUGUGUUUUCUUCGCAAUGUGAGUAAUGAUAUAAACCUAUGUAGAAUAAGCCGCCGCCACGACCACUAUGACAGAUUUCUUUAUUUUAUACCUGGAAAAGAUGAGGAAUGUGUUCGGUUUAUAUAUUUUUUCGAAGCAAUUAAGGAUAUAUGCAGUAGGCUCUGUGAAAAGAAGGUUUUAUUGAUUGUGGAUGAUGUUGAUAAACUGAAGCAGUUGCAGACUUUGGCAAAUAUUACUGAUUGGUUCAGUCCUGGUAGUAGAAUUAUCACUACCAGUCGAGACAAACAUUUGCUAGUAAGUCAUGGCAUUGAAAGAAUAUAUGAAGUGAGUGAUUUAAAUGACGAAGAAGCACUUGAUUUAUUGACCUGGACUGUUUUCAAGGAUAAAAUAGCUCCUUCAGAGUGCAAGGAGGGCCUAAAUUAUGCAGUAACUUUAGCUUCGGGCCUUCCAUUGUCUUUGAUAGAGCUAGGUUCCCACUUGUGUGAGUUAAGUAUGUUAGAAUGGAAAUAUUACUUACGAAGUUGGAAAGAGAGUCCUGAUGAAACAAUCCAAGCAGUACUAGAAUUAAGCUUAGAUGGUUUGGUGGCUAUGGAGAAAAACAUUUUUCUUGACAUUGCUUGUUGCUUCAAAGGGUAUCCACUGGUUGAGGUUCAACAUAUACUUCGUGCUCAUUAUAGAGAGUGUGUGACAGAUUACAUCAGUGCAUUGGUUAGUAAAUUUCUCAUAAACAUCAGUUCAAGUGGUGAGCUAACAUUACAUGAAUGGAUGCGGAAUAUGGGUAAAGAAAUUGUUCGGCGAAAAUCAUCAAGAAUGCCUUGUGUAAGUAGUAGGUUAUGGAUCCUUGAAGACAUACGUCAAGUUUUGGAAGAUUGUACGGGAACCCACAAAAUUAGAACCAUAUGCCUGGAUUUAUCCUCAACUGAAGAAGGCACAAUAAGCUGGGAUGGAAAGGGCUUCAAGAACAUGGAAAAUCUCAAGACACUUAUUAUUAAAAAUGUUCAUUUUUCUGAAGCUCCCAAAUAUCUCCCGAGUAGUUUGAGAGUAUUGGACUGGCAGAGCUAUCCUUCACAGUAUUUACCUCCUAAUUUUUAUCCUGGGAAUCUUUCUAUAUGUAAGUUACCCAAGUGUUGCUUUGUGUCAUCUGAGAUAUGUGGCUUGUUGAAUAAGAAGCCUGUGAAUUUGGACAAUUUGAGUUUUGACAAUGGUGAACAUUCAUCUAAUGAGAUGGUUUAUGUAUCUUGUCUUCCAAAUUCAAGAGAAAUGACUGUUAUGGUCUCAGAAUAACCAAACUUGGUUGCACAUGGAAGUACACAAAACCAUAUGUGGUUCUCUGGCUUUUGCAUUAUCAUGAGAUGAAUACGGAAAGGGAGCAUAUGAGGAAGCCAUACAGCUUGCAUAGUAUAAGCAUUGCAAGUGAGCUAUGUUCUUGUAUAGCUCCAGUUAUGAUAACUGAUUCAAAUUCUGUAAUAUUAAGCUGGGUUUGUAACAUUUGUUGUGAUGGAGUGAAACCACCGUGUUGAUAUUCUCUCAUUUGUUGCGAAAUGAUUGGAAAACUAUGGUUCAUUGGAGUUACAUUUGCAUAUGAUGCUAUUAAUCUUAUCCUUAUUUGUUGUUGUAAUUUGUUGGCUUGUCAGAUUAGUUCCAUAUGGUUCUAAUUCUACUGUUUCCCACUCUCUUUUUAAUGAGUUUCUUGUAGUUUAGUUGGUUUUGCUUUGUUAUACUGAUAUACACAUCUUUUUUCUGUCAUUUUGUGAGUAAAUAAACAUUGUAUUUAGUUUCCUAUUGUUCUGCCUACAUGUUUCCUUGUUAAUGGUCACAGAUCACUCAAACUUGGUUGCUGAAGUAGUUCCUUUUCCCUGUUAUAAUUUAACUUGAAGGACAAUUCUAUGGUGAGAUGAUGUUAUCUUCUGGUUCAUUUUCAUAAUAAAAUGCACAUGUGGAGAUUCACACAAUGAGAUGCAAAUUGAGGCUAGUGUACUAUAUUGUUGGUUGCAUAGCUCCGGUAAUGAUAACUGAUUCAAAUUCUAUAAUGUCAAGCAGGGCUUGUAACAUUUGUGGUGAUAAAGUCAAACCAUCUUGCUGCUAUUCUCUCUUUUGUUAGGAAAAGAUUGGACAGCCAUUGUUCAUUGGAGUUAAAAUUUCAUAUGAUGCUUUUAAUCUUAUCCUUAUUUGUUGCUGUAAUUUUUAGACUUCUCGGAUAAUUCAUGACUAUUUUGGUUUCUGCUUACUGGGUAUUGCUAUGCGGUGUAUAUGCACCGCAAGAGGCUAAUUAAGGUAACAUUGAUCAUUCAAGAAAAAGGGUAUACAUGGCCCUGUUAUCUGUGGAUCGGCUUCUUGUGGCAUAUGAUUUUUGCUGCAACUUAGUUUCAUCACCUACUUUCAGUUUUAUACUCCCAAGCAUUACCUUGGUGUUAUAAAUAAAUAGUAAAUAUAUCACAAGGAGAGUCCAAGAGGGGGUUCCGGUGGAGGAUGUGUUCAAUCUGGAGAGCAUGUAAUGGAGUUCUCCAAUUUAGCUAACUUGCUUCAUGUGCUGGUUACAUGUGUUGAAGCAAGGAAAAUAUGGUUUGCAUCCCCUUUCUCAUUACAAAUUCCUCCUGAUCUUCAAGUGCAGUUUUUCUUUCUGGCUUAAGCAAUUUCUGAUUUCUAAAUAUGAUUGGGUGCUUGCUCAGAUUUUUGCUACUGCCUGGGCAAUCUGGUCUCGUAGAAACUAGUGGAUUUGUUAUUCAGCAAACUCUCCAGGUAGCCCAUAUGGUUACUGUCAUCCCAACGUUGCUUGCUUCAAGGGUCGCUGCUGUUUCUGAUUCAGCGCACCUACCUUCUUCAUGAAUGCCGCCUCCUGCUGGUUCAAUCAAAAUUAAUAUUGAUGCCUCUGUAGAAGAAUAGCUCAUACGGGUUUAGGUAUGGUAGGAAAGGACCAUUCUAGACUAUUGUUGACAGCAGAUACAUAUAAAUAGAGGAGCUCUUUGGAUAGUAAUAACUGAUACAGCUGAAGCAUUAGCACUUCGUUGGGCUAUGCAGGUUGCUAAGGACAGCCUUAGCUUCUCAGAUUAUUCUUAUCUGUUUUGGUUUCUGCUUAUUGUGUCGCCAUUUGGUUUAUAUGCACCAACAGAGGCUAACUAUGACCAUGCUUGAAAAGUGUUUGAUAUGGUCUUGUUAUAUAUGGCAGGAAUUCCAGUGACACAUAUACUGUGUUUUUUACUGCAUUUUUGUUUCACAACCAACUGUCAGUUUUGUAAUUCCAAGCAUCACCUUCAUGUUAUAAA